AGCUCAGUUUUAUUUUAGACAAACUGGAAGCUGGACAUCUUAACCGUCCUUUUUGUUGGACAGCCAUAACAGAGGAUAGACAGGACAUGUCUGUUAGAGUUUUCAGAAGAAUGUGCUCUUGUUAGGAGUUAGGUCUGUCUUCUCCAAGUGCUUCCAGAGUUUUACGUGGUUUCAUAGUUUUUUACAAUUAUAGUGUUUUAAUGGGACGAGAAGACAUUUCCCGACCGCGCAGGAGGGAGGACAUCCCGGACAGGUGGCAGGACUACACAGCGGUGGGGAAGAGACUGAAAGGAACUCGCUUCAUCGCCUUCAAAGUCCCUCUGAAGCAGGCUUUGAUUAGGACGCUGCCCCCCUCCGAGGUGUUUGGUCCCUGGGAGCUGCUGGAUGCUCUGAAGGAGGACAACUAUGAGCUGGGGCUGAUCAUUGACCUGACUUUCACCACACGUUAUUACAAUUUGCAGGACCUUCCUCAGUCACUGCUGUGUGUUAAGAUCUUCACAGCUGGCCAUGAGGUUCCCAGUGACCAAACCAUCCUGAGCUUCAAGCGCACCGUCCACAGGUUCCUCCGAGACAACCAGGACAACGACAAGCUGAUCGGGGUCCAUUGUACCCAUGGACUGAACCGCACCGGCUACCUGAUCUGCAGGUAUCUGAUCGACGUGGAUGGGAUGGCCCCCGCCCAGGCGGUGCAGCUGUUCAACUCGUCCCGGGGCUACGCUAUCGAGAGACAGAACUACCUGGAUGACCUUCAGCACGGUCCAAAACGGAGUAACGCGGGCAUGGAGGAGUGUGAGCAGGAGCCACAGAGAGGCCAGGCCGUCCAGCGGCCACCUGUCGCAGCUUCCCCCAGGAGAGUCCACUGCAACUACUACAGGUCACAUCGGCGUGGAGGACCGAGCCACCGCUCUCACCCGUACGCCCCUCAACCCGCCCACACUCCCCGCCCUCCAUUACUCACUCGCCCUCCUCCAUUACUCGCCCGCCCUCCAUUACUUGCUCAUCCUCCUCUGGCUCCUCCACCAGCCUUGUUCCAUCCCUACAGAUGGGCCCCUCAGCCCCCAGCUCAAUGGAGAGCCCCUCACUCAGACACCAACAGGUCCAGGUACUCCCCUCCACCUGUUCCACAGUGGAACUCCUCCUUUGCCUUGCUAGACAGAGGUGGAGCUCUUCCCAACCUUCCUCGUUACUGCCCCAACUGGACAUCUGUUGCUAAUGGAGACGGAUCAGCUGAGGGCAGGAGUGGGCCAAAUUUAAGCAACCAGGUCAGAACCUCCCAGAGACCCAGCGCUAACGGAUACGACGGCUGUUAGUUACCAAGACAAAGCAGGUUAAAGGGGACAUAACGUACAAAACCCUUUUUUUUUUGCCCUUAACUCAGUUUUUUGUGUAAUUUGAGCCUCUAGCAGUGCCAUGUGUCCUUAUUGCAGUCCAGGCUUUCAGACUGUCCUCACUGUUUGAGCUAAGCCUAAAAUUUAACUCAGUCUGUUCGUUCAGAUGGAUCCCAUCCACAACAGGUCAUCUCACCAAAAAUUCCCCAAAAAAGUCAAUUCAACUGAAUCAAAAACGCACAUUCAAGGUCAAGUUCACUUUAUUUUUUAACCUGGUUGAACAGUUUUCUAAGGAAACUCAGCAGAUUGAUUCCUCCUGGACCAACAUGUAGUGACAGCACAAACAGAAAUGCCUUUUUUAAAGAAUUCUUUUGACUCUAGUUGGAUUUAUUAUAUUUUUUUGACUCCAGUGUUUUUUUUUUACUCUAAUGGGCUUUAUUUUAAAGUGCUCAGACAGGAAAGUAGAUGAGAGUUAGAGCGCCCACUUUAAACACUGCGCCACACUGCGGCACUGGGAAAUGCCUUUUUAACAGGAAGAAAGCUCCAACAGAACCAGAACGGAGCUCAGUGUGAGUGGCCAUCUGCUGCGACCAAGUGUAGCAGGGCCGGCCCAAGCCUCCAUGGGGCCCUAAGCGAAAUUUGGUUUUGGGGCCCUCUAGUUCUGCUAACAAUGUGGACUGGCUACAAUCAGCAGUCUGAUCAUUAGACCAUUCACACACCUUCUAUAAACUUAUUGCAUCUCUGGCAGUGCUGUUUACAUUGUAUACAUGUAUAAUAUAGGAUACAUUUAUUGGCCAACUGAUUUCUGGGUGCCGAUUUCCUUCAUUUUGGGGGACUGUGAUCUGCUGAUACUUACACAUGAAGCCCAUCUUAUCCCUUAAUCUUAUCUUCGUCAGCAAAGGUUUAAAAAUCAGCCUCUGUCCUCUUCUGCUCUACAGUGAGAGAUUUGACUGAGAUCGCCCCAACAGGUCAGGUAAUCUGAAUGAUUACAGUUAACAAUAUUCACCCCACUGUUACCAACUCAAUGACUUUCAUGCUAUAAUUAGCGACAUUUCAGACAAAA